CCGCCGCCGCCGCUUCCUCCGCAGACAGCUCCCCGCGAAGCGAGGCCGCACCACCAGCCAUGGCGGACGUCAAGACCAACACGGCGGUCACCCUCCGCACCCGCAAGUUCAUGACCAACCGCCUGCUCGCCCGCAAGCAGUUCGUGCUCGAGGUCAUCCACCCCGGCCGCGCCAACGUCUCCAAGGCUGAGCUCAAGGAGAGGCUGGCCAAGGUGUACGACGUCAAGGACACCAACUGCAUCUUCGUCUUCAAGUUCCGCACCCACUUCGGAGGCGGCAAGUCCUCCGGGUUCGGCCUCAUCUACGACAACCUCGAGUCCGCCAAGAAGUUCGAGCCCAAGUACCGCCUCAUCAGGAACGGUCUUGCUACUAAGGUGGAGAAGUCCCGCAAGCAGAUCAAGGAAAGGAAGAACAGAACAAAGAAGAUCCGUGGUGUCAAGAAGACCAAGGCUGGAGAGGCUGCCAAGAAGAAAUAAGAAUAUUUCUGUCUUUCCAUAUGUUCACUAUCAAGCUUUGCUUUGUUUAGGAUGGUAUCCUUGUGGCAGUGUUGCUGAAUGCUUAAUUAUAACUAGAAAAGACUCGUGUCACCACCUGUGUUUUGUGAGGCAUUUGUAGUAUCUUCUGCUCAGAUUUUGAGGAACUUGUCAUAUUAUCAGAUAUACCUGUUGUCACUGGUCUUUUA